AGACGUACCAAAAUAAAGUGUGGUUUCUGUUGGCAGAGCUCGGAGGCCAGGUGCAUCCUGGAGGAGCCGGUGGAUUGGGCCGAUGGCUUCGUGGUGGUUUACAACAUCAGCGACCGCUCCUCCUUCAUCGACGCCAAGAACAUCCUGUUGCAGAUCCGAGAGGCGCGCAUGGAAAACUGCAAAGGGGAGGUGGAGGUCCCGGUGUGUCUGGUGGGGAACAAGCAGGACUUGUGUCACGCCCGGCAGGUGUGUGAGGAGGAGGGCCGCUGCCUUGCUCAGGAGCAUCGCUGCCACUUCCAGGAGGUGUCCGCGGCCGAGAGCUACCAGGACAUCUCCGCGCUCUUCACACAACUCAUCCGCCAGGUGAUGGAGCUCCUGAAGUACCGAGCCGACCGGCGGCGCUACAGCGGCUCCAAGUCCAUGGCCAAGCUCAUCAACAACGUGUUCGGCAAGAGGAGGAAGUCAGUGUGAGCGGGAGGAAGCAAGGAGGGUGUGUGUGAGGAGGCGUGUUAAAGGGAAGGUGUUCAAUUAUCACUCGUCACCGGCUUGAGCUUCAAUCUCAGGAUCCAUGUAUCUGUGAUCCUCUCCAGAAUGGAAGUAGUCGUCAC